CGGCGGCGGAGGCGCGAUGGCGGUGGCGCGCGCGGAGCGCACGGCGGGGCUGGCGCGCGAUGUGCUGGAGCGGACGCGGCGGCGCGCGCGGGGCGCGGUCCCGGUCCCGAUCCCGGUCCCGGCCCCGGACCAGGACGGGGAACGCCUCAGUGCAGCGUUCGCCUCGAUCGAGAGGCUGAUGAGAGGAGUCUCAAAGGAGUGCGAGAACUACUAUGGUGCUAUGGCAGUCAACAAGUGCCAAGAGAAUGAAAUCAAACACUUCUGCAAGUACCAUGGCAAGUCAGUAGAAAGAAAGAUAGAUUCCACAGAAGAAGAGAGGACUGAAGGUCCUGUAGAACCCAGCCGAGCCCAAACUUGCCGGCGAAGUCCCAGAAGACCUUUGAAAGACUUUUACAUUGAAGUUUCUCCUGGCAUCUAUUCUGUCACAGCAAUCUCAGAAGAUGCAGCACAAACCCACGUAGUAGAUGUCAAUGCAGGACAAAGUGUUGAUUUAACUUUUGUUUUGUGAUAUUUUUUGUUUCCUGGCAAUAGCAGGAAUAAAACAUGAGGCUCUUUUUAAUGGAUGUAAUGAACUAUAAAUAUCUUUUCCUUGUUAGCACUUUAAUAUUAGCUUCCUCUUUGGGACUCCAUUUUUAUGGCCUGUAUAUUUGUUUUCUACUUAAUGCAAUUAUAUGCAGCCCACUUUGUACACUGAUUUUUAUAAAUAUUUGUACAUUGUGUGCCUUUUAAAUCCAAUUAUGUGACUCUGUAAUUCCAGAUUCUUCUGCUCUAAACAAUUAAAGAUACAAUCAGUGAAAUAAAAUACAUGAUCAAGCCUU